GAGCUCCGAAGCUAAACUUUCCGAGUGCAUCUGAAGCGACGGUAGCGCGUCUCUGCCUCAGACACCUGAUGACUGAUGAUCAUCUUCCAAACUCUUGAAACAAGGGGACGAAACUUCACAAAAGAUCGUCGUUUUGGGGGGGAUUUUGUCGAAGCACCAUAACAAGAGAGAAGCCCUCUGAAUCUUGGAGAACAGGCAGUAUCACUGUAUUAUCACUGGACGUUCAGAGAUGACACUGUCUUUCCAACACAGGUGUUUGCUUUUGCUGUGUUUGACAGUUAUCCACAGUGGUCAUGCUGCCGUUCAGACGUGCAUGGAUAAGCACCAGGUGGUUGGGGUCCUUCGUCAAAUGGAGAAGUUUCUGAAAGGCCAGGAGAUGCGGUUUACAGAGGGCCUCAGGAUCAUGAAGUCAAAGCUGGCAACGCUGCAGAACUCCGUCUCCAAGCUGCCUCAAGCAGACCAGUCAGCUGCUCCCACCACCUGCCCCUCUCUGGAAGCCCCCGCUCAUGGAACCAAGUUUGGCUCAAAGUACUUUGCUGGACAUGAGGUCCAUUUCACUUGUUCCCAGGGCUACCAUCUUGUCGGUUCUGCCACGCGUGUCUGCCGGGACAAUGGCACCUGGACCGGCAUCGGUGCCAUCUGUAAAGAUAUAAGUGAGUGUGCAAGUAAUCCCUGCCAGAAUGGAGGCACCUGUGUGGAAGGUGUUAACCAGUACAAAUGCACCUGCCCCCAGAACUGGAGUGGCUCUCACUGCCAGCACCAAACCCAGACAGCGCCACCCGAGUGGAGUGUUAUGAAUGAUCCAGCAUUCAGCCGGAGACCUCGCUGUGCCCAAGUGAACCGAGCCCAGCACUGCAGCUGCGAUGCGGGCUUUCACAUGAGUGGCACCUCUGACAACAGUAUCUGUCAGGAUGUAAACGAGUGUGAAGUGUACCGGCUGGACCAAGGAGGGAAGCUGUGUGUCCAUGAGUGUGUGAACGUCCCAGGCUCGUACCACUGCUCCUGCCCCAGAGGCUACAAGUUGCUCCCGGACGGGCGGAGCUGUGAGGAUGUGGACGAGUGUUUAAGCCAGCAGCACAACUGUAGCCGCGGGACAACUUGUAUCAACACGGGGGGAGGCUUUCAGUGUGUCAACCCAGAGUGCCCCCGUUCUCAUGGCAACAUCAGCUACGUCAAGACAUCUCCCUUUCAGUGUGAGAGAAACCCCUGCCCCAUGGACAGCCGCUCCUGCCACCUGGCCCCUAAGACCGUGUCCUUCCACUACCUGUCUCUGCCUUCCAACCCGCAGACCCCUGCCACGCUGUUCCGCAUGGCGACCGCCGCCGCCCCGGGGCGCACCGGGCCAGACAGCCUGCGCUUCGGCAUCGUGGGCGGAAACUCCCGAGGCAUCUUCGUCAUGCAGCGUUCAGACAGACAGACCGGUGAGCUGAUACUGGUCCAGCAGCUGCGUGGGCCGCAGGAGAUCAGCGUUGAUGUGGACAUGUCCGAGUACAGCGACCGCACCUUUCAGGCCAAGCACGUGGCCAGGGUGCACGUUCUGGUUUCACCUUAUAGCUUCUGAGAGAGAGCUCGAGAAGGAGGAAGACUAGAGACAGAAAGGCGAAGAGGAACAAAGACGAGUGUGUGAUGGGCACUGAGCUUACUCAUACUGUUUCUUCACCCCCUACCAGAAGUGCAUCUGUCUGAGUAGCUGAGGGCAGCAUUUGUUACCAAAUUACCAAAAGAGUGACAAGCCAAUAUUUAACAGUUAUAUUAUGAAUAACGAUAUAUGGCAGAACACAUCAUAGAUGCUUCUUUAAACAGUGUCAGUAUGAGCUUUGACUGAUGAUGCUUGACUGAGUGUGUUUGAAUGCAUGAAAACUAGCUAAAGAAAAGCAUAAGGAAUGGGUUGGGAGCGAUGCAUUCCUGUUUUUGUCAUUGCGGUUGCUUUGUGUUUAUAUUAUUAUGUCCAUCAUAGAUCAUGUCUGUGUAGCUCAGGGUCAGGCGCCGGGGCUGAUGCACUGCCUUCGCUUUAUUGAUGAUAAAUCCCUAUAAGACAUUAGUGCUCCCGUGGCUCUAAUUUAUUGGAAAUAUUAUUGCUGGUUUCUACAUUGUAACAUACUGUAUGCCACAUGUUUAUCUUCCAUCAUAUACUGUAUAUUUGUUUUUUUGUACUAGCUUGCCUUGUUUAAGGCACCAUUCAUUAUACUAAGGGAGUUGUUUUUAACAGUAGAUGCAGUACUGUACCUGGGCAUUUUCCUCUAUUACUCAUAUUAUGUAUGUUACCCAGAAAGAGUCUCAUUAUAUUCUAAAUCAAGGAUGAUUUGGCAAGCUUGCCAGUGCACUACACAAUUUAU